CCUCAUGGUCUUUUGAAUUUUGAUGCUCCUCGUUGCUGCCCGCUUGAUAUUGAUAUUGCAGGGUUAAGCAGCAAGGAGGAACAGCGGCUAGCAUGGCACUUGUACGGCGCUUCCAAUCGAUUAUCAUCGCCGUUCUCUCCGUUUUUCUCCUUCUUUUAGCAUUUCAAUUUCUCGCAGCAAAUGUUUCAUUCGCGCUCGUUGAAUCAGGCGCAAACAAUGCUUCAAUACAACUAGUGCAUCCAGGUUUGCGCCCGUAUGUCCCAGACCAUAUCUGGUGGACUUCGGAGACCAAACUUGAACCAAAAUUUGCUUACGCCCAGUACGCAACUGACGAAGCAUAUUUCUGUAAUGCGCUCAUAAAUGCGAAGAGGCUGAAAGAGUUCGGUGCUACUGCUGAUGUCGUGCUCAUGUACCCUUCCGACUGGGAUGCAAAGCCUUCAGAUUCCGUGAAUGCUAAGAUGCUUACAUAUGCUCGAUCUACGUUCCCCAACAUCUACCUUGAGCCUGUCGAUAGGAUUUCUACAUCAUCAGGCGAUCCCACAUGGGCGCAGUCCCUGACUAAAUUCAACGCGUUCCGGCUGUCCAACUACUCGCGGGUCUUAUAUUUCGAUUCGGACUCCUUAGUACUAAACUCCCUGGAUCACUACUUUCUCGCACCGCUAUCUCGGCUGGCUGUUCCUCGUGCGUAUUGGCUCAACGACAUUGACUCGGCAUCCAUCGCCGAACAGACAAUAUGCUCCCACGUCAUGUUACUGCAGCCAGAUCAGUAUUACUACGACACCAUUAUGAACGAGACUCAACGAUCCAAGAACUUCGACAUGGAAGUCAUCAAUUCGCUAUUCAAAGGAUCGGCCAUGAUUCUGCCACACCGCCGGCUCGCACUACUCACAGGAGAAUUCCGUACUCGCGACCACCAGAAGUAUUUGCGCGAGGAGCCAGACGCCGAAUGGAAUGCGAUGGCGGAAGUGAGCAGAAGCGUCCUCGUGCAUUUUAGUGAUUGGCCGCUACCAAAGCCGUGGAAGCCACGAUCCCAGCAGCAGUGGGAGGAUGCACAGCCUGCUUGUGAUGAAAACGAUGAGCGGGAUAAAGAGAAAGAGGAUAGGCCUCCCUGUGCAGAUCGAAUGAUGUGGUCCGGGUUUUACGAGACGUAUGACAUGGAGAAACAGAAAGUAUGCGAAGGGAAGUGGUAGGCGCCAAUAUAAUGAAAUGAAUAGCUUUGCUAGGAACUGUCUUCGCGUUUGUGAAAGUGAGCUUACGAGGAUGACCAUUCAUUGCUGGCUACUUUAUCCCACCAUCUGUCAGUCCUAGCUGAAGUCUCCCUAGUUCGGUUAUACUCAUGGCCGGCAUUAUUUUUGAUCAGGCCAGAUAUCUCGCCAACAAAUGCGGUGCGUAUUGUAUGCUUUGCACCACACUGCGUUUACCCUUAUCCCAGACGAGUCGACAUCCUUUAUGGCUACAUCAUGUCUACCUAAAUACAAUAUAGCCUCCAACCAGAAACUGCAAAGUAUCAG